AUGGCGAAACUUAGCUGCAGGAGCCUGGUGGGCUGUUGUUUGGGCCCUCCACGGGAAGGGGAAGCCAUGGACGGUGUUAAGCUCAAGGUCACCAGCAGAUACGUAAGCGCUCAUCUUCUGCCGUUUGCUUUGCUGCUUAAGCUGUUUAUUUGGAGUGUGAGGUUGGCAACAUGCAUGUGGAUGCAUGUGUUUCUGUGUACUGUAUAUAUAUAUAUAUAUGUGCAGGUUAUAGUUAAAAACGACAUGUUUGAGCUGACGCUGUCCAACCCCGACGGUAUUGUAACUGGCGUGCGCUACAACGGUGUGGACAAUCUUAUGGAGAUUCUUAACAAAGAAGACAACCGAGGGUACUGGGACAUUGUUUGGAAUCCACCAGGACAGCGAACUGGAAUAUUUGAUGUGAUCAAAGGCACAGAGUUCCGCAUCAUACAUCAUGAUGAAAACCAGGCUGAGGUCUCCUUCACCAGAUCAUGGGAUCCUUCUCUCGAAGGGAAAGCUGUUCCGCUCAUCAUCGACAAGAGGUUCAUCGUGCUUCGCGCCUCCUCGGGAUUCUACACCUAUGGAAUCUAUGAACAUAAGGAAGGGUGGCCUGAUUUUGGCAUUGGGGAGACCAGAGUGGCCUUUAAGCUUAGAAAAGACAAGUUCCAUUACAUGGCAAUGGCUGACAACAGGCAGAGAAUAAUGCCGAUGCCUGAUGACCGAUUGCCUCCCCGCGGCCAGCAAUUAGCGUACCCUGAGGCUGUCCUCCUUGUGGACCCAAUUAAUCCUAAACUCAGAGGGGAGGUCGAUGACAAGUACCAAUACUCGUGUGAAGACCGAUGCAAUAGUGUCCAUGGAUGGGUGUCAUCUGAUCCUCCUAUUGGCUUCUGGCAAAUCACGCCCAGCGACGAGUUCCGUACCGGAGGACCUCUGAAGCAGAACUUGACAUCUCAUGUCGGGCCCACUAUGCUCGCAAUGUUUCUUAGUGCUCAUUAUGCUGGGGAUGACCUUUCGCCCAAGUUCACGAAUGGAGAAUACUGGAAAAAGGUUCAUGGACCGGUGUUCAUGUACCUUAACUCCAGUCAGGAUGGAUCUGACCCAAGUCUACUAUGGGAGGAUGCAAAAGUUCAGGUGAUGAUGGAGAAACAGAACUGGCCCUAUGAUUUUGCACUUUCAGAGGAUUUCCAGAAGACUGAGCAAAGAGGCUGUAUCUCUGGUAGAUUGCUUGUAAGAGACAGGUAUAUUAUCGAGGAUGAGGAUCUUUAUGCCGCAUCAGCCUAUAUAGGCUUAGCAUUACCAGGAGAGGCUGGAUCGUGGCAAAGAGAGUGCAAGGGAUACCAAUUCUGGUGUCAAGCAGAUGCAGAUGGUAGCUUCUACAUAAAGAACAUUGUAACUGGAAACUACAAUCUAUAUGCGUGGGUUCCGGGUUUCAUCGGGGACUACAGAUUCGACGCCACACUAACAAUAUCUUCAGGGGACGACAUUUAUCUGGGUGACCUCGUGUUCGAGCCACCGAGAGACGGCCCGACCAUGUGGGAGAUCGGAAUACCCGAUAGGUCUGCCGCCGAGUUCUACGUUCCAGACCCCAACCCCAACUAUGUCAACAGACUGUUCAUCAACCAUCCUGACAGGUUCAGGCAGUAUGGGCUUUGGGAAAGGUACGCAGAGCUGUAUCCGGACCGUGAUCUGGUGUACACCAUCGGCGAAAGCAACUACGCCACUGACUGGUUCUACGCUCAAGUUACCAGAAGAAGCGAUGGGGAUACGUACCAGCCCACCACAUGGCAGAUAAGGUUCAGCCUUGACGCCGUCCCUCCCAACAGCACGUACAAGUUCCGGGUGGCGCUCGCGUCUUCAGCCAACGCUGAACUGCAGGUCCGUUUCAACGAUGAGGCACGGGCUGUGCCUCACUUCACCACGGGGCUCAUCGGGCGCGACAACGCGAUCGCGAGGCACGGGAUCCGUGGCCUCUACUUUCUCUUCAGCGUGGACGUGAGGGGCGCCUGGCUUGUCCGGGGGACGAACACCAUCUAUCUGAAGCAGCCCAGGAACCAGAGCCCGUUCCAGGGGGUCAUGUACGACUACCUGCGUCUGGAAGGACCCUGUGUUGUGCCUGCCGCUAACUCGAGCCCAAAAGCUAAUUGA